CUAUAUUUAUAUUUAUUUACACAUGCAUGUCGGCCUGUUUUGAUGAUGAAAUUUCGCUGUUUGAUUGAUCAGCUUAUUUAAAUAAAUAAUAAAAACUGUAAAACUUUUUAAAGAUUAUGUAGAAAAAUCAAAACAUUCUAGUGACAUAAAUAAAGCUUGUUCAGUUUAAUUUAUUUUUAAAAGAAACGACAGAUAUAUUGAUAAAUAUGAUUUCUAGUAAAGUAUUUCGCCGCAUUUUUGGCUCAUCAGGCAAUAUGUUCAUGACUUGUAACUAUUUUACAAAAGAAUUAGCUGGUGGUCAGACUAAGAGGUAUCUUACAAAAUAUCCUUAUGUCACUCAUAGUUUCUGUACAAGUGCAGUUUUAAAUACUCCCGAGGAUGUGGGAGUACAAAAGAGUAUAGCAGCUCUUCAAGCAAAGAAAAGAGUCCCUAGAAAGAAAACUCUCUCUGAACAGCUUGAUCAGAAAACCUGGUUAGUUAAUGCCUUUAGUUCAGCAGAAGAAUAUGAUAUGCCUAGAUUAAUAAAAGAAUUAGAUAAACAGGGUCUUUAUGUCCGUCAACCUCUUCCAGAUGAUGCUGAAAAUGUUAUUCAUGUGACUGCAAAAUACACACUUGGACAAGAUCCACGUCAUAUAUAUUUUUUUAGUGAGGGAAGUGUUGUAUUCUGGAAUGUGCCUGAUCUUGAGCAACAAAAUGUACUGCGAUUUCUAAAACCAUUUGAAACCAACUCCUAUGACAUUAAUCUUGUAAAUGCUGAAAAAGAAGAUAUGGAUUAUGUAUUUUCAGAAAAAGGAACAAAAUUUUCCAAAGGAAGAAUAAACUUAAAUUCCCUAGGAGACAUUAAUCUUGAUACAUAUACAUUUUCAAACAGUCUUGCUCUUUCAGUUAAAUUGGCUAUGUGGGAAGCAUCUUUGGAGAGCUAUAUUGAUAGCAUGGAAUGGUUAACAGAGAGCAUGAAGAAAGGAGAUCAUAUUAAAAUGUCUAGGAAUCAAGUAUUUAAAAAGAGAGGGGAAUUAUUUGCACUAAGACACGUCAUUAACCUUAGUUCUGAUUUGCUUGAUACUCCAGAUUUUUAUUGGGAUCGCCAAGAAUUAGAAGUUUUAUACCAGCAGACUUGUAAUCAUUUAAACAUAGCCAAACGAACAAAGGUUAUGAAUGAGCGCUUAAGUUAUUGUUCUGAAUUAAUUGAUCUGCUAGGUAAUCAUAUGAAUGAUAAGCAUCAUGUUAGACUUGAAUGGAUGAUAAUUAUAUUAAUUAUGGUCGAGGUCAUGUUUGAAAUCAUGCAUUUUGCAGAAAGAUUCGUUCAUUAAUAGAUUUCAAGUAAGAUGUAUGUUAAUCAUUAGAACAGUGUUUAAUUAAUAAAAUUUGUGAAUUUCAUAUUAAAUAUUUUUAUUUUA